GUUAACACUGGAGACUUUCCAGGAAGACUGGAGCCUCUCAUCCUGUGGGUCCUCCCCCCUGUUUCAGUGCUGUGACCUCACUGUUCAACUGGCACUGGUUCAAGAACGCUAAAACACGUGCACACAGCCGCAAACAGACACACAUACACGCUAUAUCAGGGCAGGGAGAGAUUCGCAAAUGACUUCAGCUGUCAGCUCUGGGCUGAGCUGAGAGAGGGGAAGACGGGGGGCUUGGAAAUAAGUACUGCAGAAGAAAUCAAAAGAUAAAAAGAGAUGCAGGAAAUAGCGGGAAAAUGGCGUGAAGAUCAAGAACACUAACGGAUCCACACAAUAACACAGGAAGAGUGGUGGCAAAGAGGAAAGCCGGUGCUUUUUUCCCUCCUCUGUCUGGAUGGUGUUAGAUCUUUCUUUAAAGCUCUGCGUGUCAUCCUGCAAAUGUAAACCAGUGGGCUGUGCUUUGCGCAAAAAAGGGUUACCACAGGAAUCGCACAAAAAGCCUAAUUUCAGGAAGAGAAGGAAAAAACAUGUGACACACACAGCUCAGAGACGACAAGCACAGCCGAAAGAACUCGGGUCUAUCAACCUGCUUUUCUAGAGGAGGGAUGAAUGCUGAAAUCAGAAGAAACUUUCAGUGUCAAGGCUUCUGGAUUAACUCAAAGGGAGUUGAUUAUUCAUGCGAUUUGGGCUUCUGCAUUUGUGACUUGUCAGAGAUGGGACCCAUGUGUGGUUUCAAGAGGGCAUGGGAACAUGUAGGGAAAAGCUAAAGAGUGCAACCAGUGGACAAACACCCGGGAAGUGCAAGAAAGUAUUUCAAAAUAGAAGGAGCUAUGAGUUUGCCGACUAACUGUGUCUUUCUCACUCCGGCUGACAGGGCUUUCAAAGUUCGAAAUGGGAAUAUCUACGGAUCCCCAUGCGCGGUAAACCGUCCAAUCGACAUCUUGCAGAAACGCAGGCGUUUUGAUGUUGAAAAUGGACCAUCAGUGGGACGAGCAGUUGACUCUCAGGUCAGUCCGAGCUCUGGCCUGGUCCUGCAGGGCAACUUCCCUCACAGUCAGCGACGCGAGUCUUUCUUGUACCGCUCCGAUUCUGACUUUGACAUCUCACCAAAAGCCAUGUCCCGAAACUCCUCCACUACUAGUGAGCUGGAAGAGGGCUUGAAACAGUGGGAAGUCAGUUGUCUGCCUCGACAUGAAGACAUGAUUGUAACACCAUUUGCACAGGUCCUGGCCAGUUUGCGAACAGUGCGGAGCAACUUUGCAGCAUUGACUCAUCUGCAGGAUCGGGGAAGUUGCAAACGGCCGUCGGGCAGUAAUCCUCCCUCUGUGUGCAAGCAGGGUGUGCCAGAUGAGACAUACCAGAAGCUGGCAAUUGAGACCCUGGAAGAACUUGAUUGGUGUCUGGACCAAUUGGAGACCCUGCAGACACGUCACUCGGUCAGCGAAAUGGCCUCCAAUAAGUUUAAAAGAAUGCUGAACCGUGAACUUACCCAGUUGUCAGAGACGAGUCGCUCAGGAAACCAAGUGUCCGAGUUCAUAUCAAGCACAUUUUUAGAGAAACCACACGAUGUGGAAAUCUUGUCUCCGCCACCGAAGGAGAAGGAGAAGAAACGGCGUCCCAUGUCUCAGAUCAGCGGGGUGAAGAAGCUGACACACAGCACGAGCCUGGCCCCUAGCCGCAUCCCUCGCUUUGGGGUCAACACUGAGCACGAGAGCCUGCUGGCUAAGGAACUUGAGGACAUCAAUCGCUGGGGUCUUGAUAUCUUUAAGAUAGCAGAGCAUUCAGGGAAUCGGCCACUGACGGUGAUCAUGUACACAAUAUUUCAGGAAAGAGACCUACUGAAGUGCUUUAAGAUCCCAACAGACACAUUCAUCACCUUCAUGAUGACCCUAGAGGGCCACUACCACACUGAUGUUGCUUAUCACAACAACAUCCAUGCUGCUGAUGUACUGCAAUCCACACACGUUCUCCUCUCCUCUCCUGCUUUAGAGGAUGUCUUCACUGACCUCGAAAUCAUGGCUGCUUUGUUUGCUAGUGCCAUACAUGAUGUUGAUCAUCCUGGAGUGUCAAACCAAUUCCUCAUCAACACAAACUCUGAGCUGGCUCUGAUGUAUAACGACGCGUCUGUUCUGGAGAACCACCACCUGGCCGUGGGCUUUAAACUCCUACAGGAAGAAAACUGCGACAUCUUCCAGAACCUGAGCAAGAAACAGAGGCUGUCACUACGCACGAUGGUCAUCGACAUGGUAUUAGCCACAGACAUGUCCAAGCAUAUGAAUUUCCUGGCAGCCCUGAAGACCAUGGUUGAGACAAAGAAAGUGACCAGUCUGGGAGUAUUGUUGCUGGACAACUACUCCGACAGAAUACAGGUUCUCCAAAACAUGGUCCAUUGUUCUGACCUCAGCAACCCUACAAAGCCUCUGGAGAUCUACAGGCAGUGGACUGACCGCAUUAUGGUGGAGUAUUUCACCCAGGGUGACCGGGAGCGAGACAAAGGCAUGGAGAUCAGCCCCAUGUGUGACAAACACACUGCUUCCGUGGAGAAAUCUCAGGUGGGCUUCAUUGACUACAUUGUGCACCCUCUCUGGGAGACGUGGGCUGACCUCGUCCACCCAGACGCCCAAGACAUUCUGGACACUCUGGAAGACAACCGCGAGUGGUACCAGAGCAUGAUCCGCCGCAGUCCCUCACCCCCACCUGAGGAACAGGACUCUUACAGUGCCAUCGGAGCCUCCACCAGCGAAAAGAUCCAGUUCGAGCUGACUUUGGAGGAGGAGGGCGAGUCAGACUCCGAGAUCCCUCAGGAAGCAGAGCACAGCGAGUCGGAGAUCUUGGCGACUCGGUGCCGCAGGACGUUAUCGCCUGACACAAUGGACAGAAAGCUGUAAGAGAAUGAGACUAAAGAGAAAAACUGUGCAUAGCUAGAGGCAUGGCACUAAUGACACGUCUCAGUGAUACUUUACUCCUAAUUCUGUGAUGAACUUAAGUGUGGCUGUAGCAGGCUCCUAUCGAGCAAUGCGCCACAUCCAAGCUAAUGAGAUAACUCACCUUGUUUCACCUAUUAGACACACAUUUGCUGUUUUGUUUUUUUUUUUUAUCCUGCCAGAUAAACCUUUUAGUCCUAGCUUCUUAAAAUGCAUUUGUGUCGAGCACACAGGUGGCUGUAAUGAUCACUCAGUGACCGAGGUGAGAUCUGAGGAUGGCUCAGCCUCUUCAGGGUCUAUUAACCAAGCAAGGAGAUCUUCUGAGAAAGAAAGUCUUCCUUCAUAUGAUGUACAUGUUGUCUAUAAAGGAAAUUAUAAUAUUUAUGGUAAGCUAACAGCAUCGAUGAACUGUUUUUUUGUUGUUCGUUUUUGUUUUGCACCAUACUAUUAGUUCAGGACAAGUAGGAGAUUCAUUAACAUUUUAAAUACUUCAUUUAGCGUUCAUUUUUAUUUUGUACAAUUUCAUUUGUACGAUGAACAGACAAGUAACAGUCAUGCCAAAUAUUAGCUUGAGAUAAAACAAUGACACUAAUAACCUCAGGAUAUAAAUAAAUAUUUCACUUUUAAUGUAGCAAGGUACCCCUGUAUAUUACCCAGUGCAUCUUUAUUCUAAAUAACUAAAGACAUUUAGACUGGUAUCCACACUUACACCUCAAUAUCCACAUUUACAUCUUCAUGUGUCUUUAAAAAUUCAUCAGCUCUUGAUAACAGACCACACCCAGAUGUUCAAUCUCAGCACACCUCGAUCAAGAGGCACUGCCUUGCUCGAGUAUCGUUCGAUUUGUGCGACAAUAUCAGUGUAAAUUCUUUAAAUUCCCAGUCAUGGUGCCGUCAUGGUAUUCAGAUCCCAGUCAUUUUAUAGUGGCUUAUGUUAUGCUAUAUUAUAGGAAAAAGGAACCCAAACGGUAUUUUUUUUAAAGUUUUUAUAUAUUUACAAGUUUCCAAACAUUUCCAGUGCAAGUAGAAAUUUUAACAAUUUUGUUAACAGCCACAAUUUAUGUUUAACACAACUAGUAGUGAGGAAAUACUAUGAUCCUGCAUGAUUAGCAUAUUAAUCUUCAGCAUAUAAACUUCUCACAGGAACAACACUUUAAUGUUACUGUUCUAAAGUUAAGGAAAGCAUAAUGCUCAAGUCUGGCUGCUCAAAUAUCCGUUUCAACCCUACUGAACUAGUGAACUAAGAGUGAACAGGUAGAGAUGAGUACAAUAUCCAGGGGUACCCGUUUCUCUUCUUAAAUCACCACUCGUCUUUGUAUUAUAUGUUUUUGUUUUACCUAAUGUCCAGAUUUAGCAUCAUUGUCUCAAACGUAUUAUUGACAGCUUACCAACUGCCACAGUUUGCUGCCUCUCCUAUUAAGACAUGUCAGAUAUUAGCCUGUGAUUUGGAUUGGAGAGACCUGAGCAUUUCUUUUGCCACUCCAGAAAUUUUAGACCAAAAAUAAUUCCAGCACAUUUAAAGGGCUUAAGGUAAACCAGGAUCCAAGACAGCUGACUGAAAGCUUUUUCCUGCAUAAAUCGCGUAAAUAACUUUAUUUGCAGGACUUUAACAGUGUUUUCAUUGAGGAUAUAUAAUUAGAAUUAUAAUAAUUACAUUAUUAGUAGAAUUAGUGUUUUGGUUUCUCUGUAUUUCAUCACAUAAAGUAAAUACAGAAAUUCCACUUUUGUUUCCUAGAGGAAACCCUAAACAUGGUGGUUCUUUCAGAUACGAGUUCAUUGUAGUGUAAUCUGUUCAUUGUCACUGAACUGCACUAAAAUGUGCACACAUUUCAAACACAUGUACAAUGGGAGAGUGUUCUAAUGCCAUAAUGGUUCAUUUCAUAAAAUCAUCUGUACGGUAUAAAGCAUCAUGCUGUUUUUAUGUUUCUUUUAUGUUGUUCGUCUUAUUUUACCUGUACUGAUGUGCCACGUUUGCUCUUGACUCCCUUUACUGGCAAUGCCAUGAAAUUGUCAAAUUUACAUGUUGUGUAUGUUUGUUCAGUGUAUUUGAUCUGAAGAAUAAGAGUGUUACUUCAUAAAAAAGUGCCACUUUUGCCACUUCUGUACCUGUUUCUGUACCUUCUGUACCUUGUGCCACAUUCAAAGCCAAAAUCCAGACUACUUCAAAAUAUUUACUAGAACCAACAUCCAACAUCAAUAAAUUAACUUAAGCUGUCUA